AUGCCCUGGCGCAAAAGUGCCGUUCCGACGCAUCCUUUGCCUGUUUACUUCCCGAAACCAGUUACUCGCUCACGACUCAAGCCGAUACGCCGAUUUGUUGGGCGCGUUCUCUUUACAACAGCCGCAGCGUUUGUGUGCUGGACCGUCUUCUAUGUCAUCGUUCUGGAGCCCUUGCUGGACUGGGCGGAAGACGAGUGGGAUUCCCUGUCGGAGAAGGAGAAGCAAGAAAUAGCCAGCGAAGCAGACGACGGCCCCAAUUCGAUAUUAUUCCUGCCCAUGCCGUUCGGCACAAUCGAGGUCAACCAACCACCAUAUCGAAGCAGCGACCCUGAAUGGCAAGAGUUUGUUUCUUUCAGCAAAAACAAGCAGGCGCGCGAGGAUAUCAAAUUCAAGCUAGCCGAUAUUAUUUGCAAAGCGAUCGAGAACAGCGACCAAUAUGUCAGAAUACUCGGCGGUAAAGAGAUCCGCGUGUCUCAGUUCUGGCUCGACACCAUCUUUCCCGUCCGACCGCCACCAAAACACUAUGUAGCGGGAAUCAGCAUCGAAGACGACGGAAUCUACUGGGCGCACCGCCCCAUCGACACACUGGCAGCAAAGCACCUGUCCUUGGCCAUCUACCCCAUGGCAGUGGCCAAGGCGGCAUGGGCGUUUGUCAGUGUUCUCGGCAAGAGCUUGGCCUCAGACACUGCCGUAUUCCUGGGUAUUGCGGAGCCGGCCCGCCGUCCACCGACGUGGGAGUCGGUCGUCAUGAACCGCGUGCAGGGACAGGACACCGUCGGCGCCAGCACGAAUCGAGCGCUGCAAGAUUUGAAAAAGACGGCCCAACCCGCCGUGUCGCUCGGUAACGUAAUGCCGCCCAGCCUGGAGCAUGCCAGCUCCGCGGCCAUGGUGACGCUGGCAAAGAGCUGGAAGCCCGCGCAGCAAGGCCCCGGCCCUGGCUGCAUCAAGGUGGACGGCUUGAUUCAGGUGUCUGGGAAGAAGGCCUACAUGGCCGUCUACGUGAUUGCUUGGUUCGACCCAAAGCAGAGGAAGUUUGUCGACAUCCAGACGCAGCUGAAGCACCUCUUGCCGUUCCAGCAAUACCCGGCAAAAUAA